GGGUUUUGUUGCUAUGGAGCAUCGCGCGCCGGACGUUGCCGCCUUCUUCCAGCCGGGAGCUACAUUUCCUCCGGAUCGAAGGAUCUUCCUUGCCGCGGCGAGAUUGAAGGUCUUUCGGCAGCGGCAGCGGCUUGUUCUUCUAAGAGCAGCCGCUUUGUAUGACAAGUUCGUGGAUUUCGCGGUGGAUAGCGUCUCUCGGUUCGAGCAGCUCGUGGAGCCGGAUGAGAUUGUCAAGAAUCAUGUAGGGGAAAUUCUCGCGGAAGAUCGAAGAACUGUCAUCAAGAGCCAUGCUUACCAGUCGAAAAAAAUCCGGAUGCUUCGCUCGGCUGUUAUUGAUGGUGGAGAGGCAAUGCAGGUGUUUAACAUGGCCAUUUUUCCAAGGCCCUGCUUCGAUCUGCCUAUCUUCUGCGCGGAUUUCUUCACUUCGUCGUCUAGGAGCAUUUUCGUCUUGGAUUUAAAUCCGCUGUAUAACGUCGAAGCCGACAAAGCUUACAAGGACAAGUACUACAGUGAGCUCCUGCCGUUAGUUAAAAAGCAUAGCAAGCUGCUUCCAUGGGGUGAGAAACUUACUGGGGAAUCGUUGCAGUUCUUUUCGCCGAUCGUUUUGUGGUCAAAGCCCGAAAGCAACAAGGAAGUUGACGAAGCUAUCUAUCUGGCGUUUCAAGAUUAUAUAAUGGCGUGGACAAGGAUUAUAGGUGCUGCCACAAGUGAGACCGAUAUCGAUGCGACUUGUAGGAACAAAGUGGCUCACCACCGUUACUUGACAUGGCGUGCUUCGAAGGAUCCUGGACGGCCUGUCUUGAGAAGGCUUCUAGGAGAGGAUCGAUGCGAGCAUUACAUCCACGAGUUUCUGUUCAAUGGACUGCAUGACCUCGGCACCAGUUCCUUCACGGAGUACUUCCCCGAGUACAGGUGCGAGGACGGUACUGUCAACACCGCGCGCAGUAUCAUUGGGAAGUCUUACUCCGAGCGCCCUUGGAAUGAUACGGGGACUUUCAUUCAUCGUUCCGGCUGAUAAGAGGUAUAGAGAUCUAUAGGUUCGAGCUACGUGUAGGGAUGAACACGAGAGUUGGGAGGCGCUCGAGUACGCAUGUCAGCCUAGUGCUUAAACCGGGGGGACGAGGAGCGUCAGCACACGUGCUACACCUUUGAGAAAACGUGGUUCAAAGUUUUGAGCUUGUCCGCAAAGUGCCUGUGGGGAGUGAUGUGAAGGUACACACAAUCCUCCUGUGCUGGAUCGUGAGUCCGUUAGCUCUCAAGAGUGUGCGAGUAUUCAAUGGACUGCGUAUGCCACCUUGGAGUUCUCUUGCUCCUCCAGGGAAGUACUCAUUGGUGAGAAAAAUGUCGUCGGAACGCCUCGGGGCCCCUCGAUCUGGCGUCGCGGUUUAUGCUUAAUGGCAUGGUGUGAUGAACGCAAUCACUGACUUUACUUGCAAACCGCUGUGUAGUAAUGGCGUCUGUUACGUGUUGUUCCGAGGUUAUGAAGCUCUCUCAUCAGAAUCAGCACCCUAUCAUUCCACGGACGACUAUGAGCCGGAUAGAGAGAUAAAGCUGGAGGCAGGCCAUGAAUAUGGACAAAGCCGGGUGUCGCUUCUCAACAUCAUGAGAACGUGUGACUGCUUCAUAUCGAAAGGCAAGGAAGGAGAAAAAUAAGCAUUUUUUUUUUCCACCGUCAGCAGGGUGGCAGCGGAGCAGCGGAGCGCAAGGCAAGGACCGGGGCGGGACAGCGAGAAAUGGUUCCUCACAGAUAGCAGCUAUAGCAGGUGCUCGCAGGAAGGUGGCCAGAGAAGCAGUCUAUCAAUGAAGGAAUGGAGAGAGACCUUGGCUGUAAGUGGACCUGGUCUUUGCCUUGACCCCAGCCUCCUCUUCUUGGAAGGCUAUGUAGCCGGCCACGAAGUGGAGAGAUUGCCAGCCCCAGUAGCAGCAGCAGCAGCAGCAGCAGCAGCAGGGAGAUUCAGCAGCAGCCUGUGAGUGCCUUAAUGUGUAUGCAUGAUUGAUUCUUUCCUGGUGGGCUUUUCUUUCGCGCAGUGAGAAAGAGAUGGUUGAAUCAAUGGCUCGAGCUUUUAUAUACGGACUCAAGGACCCGCUCGCGAGCACCGGAUCAGUAUAGCAAAAACGUAUAGCGUGUCCGCCGGUGGCUACCUAGGACUGGAAGAGACACGGACUAAACACACUCGGGUCGUGGAAACGUGCCAUCGCAAACUCCAAUGCAAACAAAACACGUUGCCGCCGCUCACUCCAUGAAUCUACUCCAUGAAUCUACAGCAAAAGGAAAAGCUUUGAAA